AUGACUCAUACAUUAUGUAAUCUUAUUAUAACAGAUUCAUUUACUAUUUUCAAUCAUAUUAUAAAAUCAAUAUCUGUUACAUUUGGUAAUAUUGCUUAUAUUAUUUUUACAAGUGGAGCAAUAGGAAUACCUAAAGCAGUUAUUAUUUCACAUUCUUAUCUACUUUUAUAUCUUCAAUCUUCUGUUGAAGUUGAUGCAUUGCGUACAACUGAUAGAGCUAUACAAUUAUCAUCAUGUACUUGGGAUGUUCAUAUUUAUGAAAUAUUUGGUAUUCUUCUUAUGGGUGGUACUGUUAUACUUUUACGUUCAGAACAAGGCAAUCGUAAUAUGGAUUAUUUAUCUCAAGUUAUUGAGAUUCAUCAAGCAACAUAUGUUUGUAUUGUUCCUACAUAA